AUGGAGCGGCAUUUAAUAGACAUAGCCGUAGAUCACUGACAAGCCACGCAAUAUCGCGUUCAUUAUCGAAGGCGAUUCAUUUGCCAGGUUCGAUUGACGUCAGAGUUCGGUACGUUUGGAUGAUGUGAACACGGUCUUCCGAACUCGGGUGUGCACCUGCGAACCAUAUCCGAGUCCACUUAAAAAGGGAUGUGCAGGGCAGUUGGACAUAGUGGUGUUUUAGAGGUAAAAAAUUAUAUAAAUACUGUUCGGUUUCUCGCACAAACCAAUCGUUUCGUGUCUUAGGACAUCGAUGUGUCGUCAUGAGCCCUUUAAUGUGGUUAUGAUUUUUCAUAAAGUCAUUCUACAUACUAAAUGCAUAUUUCUACUUAAACUUUUGCACUUAAAACAGUGCAGUGAUUAUUACAUCUAAUACAUGUUACUAAAAUGAACUGCUAUUGUAAAUUAAGGGAAAUUACACAAAAUAGUUUAAUUACACUCAAUUACACUGCAAGUAGAUUUUUUUAGUAGUAUUAAACAGUAUGCGCAUAUGUAAACACUGAGAAUAAAAUUUUUCAUAUAAAGAAAUAUUUCCAGUUUACAGCUUAUGUAUUUACAGGCAGGUAAUAAUACAUACUAAUUUUGAAGUUUUUGUGUCUGUAUGGUUGAAAUAACAAACCUAGCUGUGUCAGAAAUCUGACUGACUUGUGCAUCAAGUUUUUAAAUCAAAUAUACUUUGCAAAUGUUCGAUUUGAUAUUUGCAUAUACAUCUAUUUCUGUUCAUCAGCGUCGCUUCAAACUAUUUAAGGCUCUUGUCUCGCAUUAAAUCCGGGACGGUGAGAAAAGUGUCAGCAAUGCUGUCUGGAUUUAGUUUUUUAUAGGGUUAACGUUUCCCAAAUUACUUGUGUGUGAGAUUGAAAGUGAAGGGCGUGCUCCUGGCUGAGGGAAAAGUGUGUGAGCCUGGCCCUAAUGCGGAAUCUCAUUAAGGCAACUGUCAGGAUUCUUCUAUUUUACUCUCACCUCUCCUAUUCCAUAAGAGCCAGACUGUCGUUUCGAGUCCAGCACCCGCACGUGGUCGAUAGUUACUGACUGGUUCGGGCCCUUUCCUGCCUCGGCUCCGUUUCAGCAGGUGUAUGCGGCACAGCGGGGCGGAGGAGGCGCCAAACAGGUUGGAUGAGUACAGGGGGAGAGAGAGAGAGCGAGCGAGGGAUAGAGAGUGUACCUGCGAUGGUGGACACACAGGGAUUCCAUUCAAAACCAGCCCUGCAAGUAACAGACAUGGCAUAUAGGAAAGUGCGUGCUGGCCACGGUUCUCUCCGUGUGCGGGAUCUGGAGAGUGAAGAGCUUCACACCGCUUCCCUGGAACUGGAAUGGGACAUGGAGAAGGAGCUGGAGGAACCGGGCCUGGACCGCUUCCAGCUGGAGUGUGUGGAGCAUCAACCCGUGAGCAGCUCUUCUGGCGGGGGCAUGGACCCAGAUUUGGAACCGAUUCAACCCUCCGUCUCCCCUCACGGACGUUUUGAGCGUCUCCAGGAGGACCCUAAUUACGUUUCUCGUUUCAGCCGGGCAGUACCCAAGGGCCAGAGAUGGAAUGGGACCUGCCUGGCCAAAUACCUGCUAGCAGGGGUGGGUGUGUUUGCUCUGGGGCUGCUCGUUGGACGAUAUGCAUUCAGCAGGGAGCAAGUGAAGGUAGAGCCAAGUGCAGACACAGACGUGUUGGAGAAGAUUGUUCAGGGAAUCACAGCAGAGAAGAUACAAGCACUGCAGAGGGACUUUGACAGCUUGUCUGAUCUCACAGAAGAGUCCAAGGUCAAGUACAUCGCUCAGCGGUGGGAGGAGCUCGGAUUAAAACAUGUCCAGGUGACUAAUCACACGGCUCUUCUGAGCUAUCCCGGACCCGCCCUCAGCACGAUUGUCGAUAAGAUUGGAAACCAGUGUUACCUGCCCAGUGGAGAGAGGUGUGGCCAGCCAUCCACAUCCACGACUGAACCCUUUGCGUUUGCAGCCUACUCCGCUGUGGGAAGUCUAGUGGCGGAGGUGGUGGACGUUCAGUAUGGGAGCCCUGAGGAUUUGAGACAAGUUCGAGCUAGUACAAAUGUGACCAAUAAAAUCGCACUGCUAAAACUUGGACAAGCACCUUUGCUUUACAAGCUCUCUCUGCUGGCAGAGGUGGGGUUUGGUGGCUCUCUUCUCUAUGUGGAUCCCUGUGAUGCCCCAUUUGGGAAUAAGACUUUUGGAGUGACCCUGAACCCAGGUGGGAACCCGUUUUCUCAAGAAAACCCUGGAAGUGCUGAGAGAGACAGUCGCUACAACCUGACAUCAUUGCUAGUUCAGCCCAUCUCUGCCUCCUUAGCGAAAAUGCUGCUAUCUGCCCCCACCAUGGGGCAGGGAAGACCCUGUGUCCCGAUGAUCAUGCCCUCAGCAGCAGCAAGAAAAAUCAUAAAUCUCACCAUUGAAAACCAAGCAUCUUUCAAGACAGUGUCCAAUGUUAUGGGAUAUCUCAAAGGCAAGACAAAUCCAGAUCGAUAUGUACUGGUUGGCAGUCGUCAUGGCAGCUGGUACGAAGGUGCGUUGGCGGACUGGGGGAACGGCUCUGCAGUCAUGACUCAGAUCAUCGCCUCCAUGACGGCUCAAACCCGCGCAGGAUGGCUGCCCGAUCGCACCAUUGUCUUCUGUUCUUGGGGGGGAACCUCAUUGGGCAACAUCGGCUCGUAUGAGUGGGGAAAGGAGAACGCGGUGGUUCUUCAGAGCAGGGCAGUGGCUUAUGUCAGCCUCCACAGUCCUGUCAGAGCCCCUGGAUCCCUGCAGUCCAUAGCAUCACCUUCUCUUCUGCAACUGGCAACUGACACCCAAAAGAAACGUUCGAUGAGUUGCAGUCGGGGAGGUGGUUGUCCUGGUCCGAAUGUCAGCUCACUGCAGACACCUGGAGAUGCCAGCUUUUUCUCUAAUCAGCUUGCUGUCCCCACAGUGGAGUUCACAUACUCAGAGUUUCCUAAAACAGAGAGAGCAUUUUUUCUCUCUGAGGCCUUUUUCCCUCCUGAGUCUUCAUUAGGAGAGACCUUGGAUCCAGCCUUCAAACUCCAUGAGACUAUUGCCAAGAUAACAGCCGAGACCAUCCUGCGACUUGCUACGGAUCCUGUUCUUCCAUUUUACCCUUUGGAUAUCGCUCUGGAUGUUCAGAACAAACUUAAAGAUGACCCACUGAGUCGGCCGGACCUGCUGAACAUGGCUGCAUCUUUGAGGGACAACUUAACCUUCUUCCAAUCUGAGGUCAUGCGUCCUGCCAAUGACCCCAAGGAGAGAGAUCCAGCCCAUGUACGCAUGCUCAAUGACGUCCUGCGAGAUCUGGAAAAAAGCUUCCUUAUCCCGAACCCUUUACCAGGCUUUUACAGGAACAUUCUCUAUUGCUUGAGCAGACAAACUCCACAAUUCUCUAUUUUGAAGGAUGCCCUGGAGGUCCCCUGGCACAACAGCAUCAACCAGUCCCUUACUCUGGUGUCCAGGGCCAUCAGUUCAGCUGAGAAACUCGUACAAAGUGGACUCGACCUUUUUGAGAAUGAAAAUGACAUCCCACAAUGACAUCUGGAAAGAGACCACAUUUUGUCAGAAUAUGACGCAAACCCUGAGAUCUUCUGGCUGACACAGACGUUUCAGAAGGAUCUGAAGACACUUUGAGAACUAGAUGAUAUCAUUAUGAAGUGCACUAUUAACCUAAUGUUCACCAGAAGAAUUUCUUCUGGGCCAAUACUAAGUUAUUGUUUUUGUUCCUCUAAUGUUGUUCAAAGGUUCAGCCUUUGUGGUUUCUAACAUCAGGCUAGAAAGAUUAAUGAGAAAUGAGUCAGGGAGCUAAACUCUAUAACUUGCAGGGUCGAGGCUUUUUGUUCUGAGAAAAAAAAAAAAACACCAGCAGGUUUAUCACCAACAUUUCCGGUCACAUAAACCCCAGAGGACGACUGGAAGUCAGGACUCAAAACAGGUUUUUUAUUAAAACAACUUGAUGUUUGAAACGUUUUAAACUUGUUUGCAAAUUUUUACAGAUGGCAAGGAAUUACCUUUGGAAAAGGGGAAAUGCUGUGACUUGCAAUCAACAUGGAGUCAGACUUCAUAAUGCAAAACUUACUGAUAGUAAAAAUAAAAAGCUGAAAGGAAGCACCAGUGCUACUGUGACAGUCUCUCAGGAGCGUUUGUUUCAGAAUCUGUAGAAAAAUAGUAACGGAACAAAAUAAUUAUUUUUUCUUUUUUGAACAGGUAAACCAAUUAAAGUUGAACUAAGACAGGUCAAGUCGACGAAACAAGAAUUCAGGGUAAUUAUUAACUGAAACUCUCUGGCAAUACAGUAGUGGUAUAAUUAGACAAGUACAAAUAGUUUUGUGAAUGAAAUUCAUAGUCAUAGAUAUGGGUUAGAAUUUUAGUUUAUAGUUUAUAGUCCAUAGCAUAUAGUUAUAGCAUCUCAUUGGGUGAUACUGGGUGAUAUUUCACCAAUGAGGAGCCAGGAAGGCGAAUAUAUAAGCUAGACAAACAGUGCAGGUGUGUGAAGUCAUAAUGGAGUGUGUGGGGUCAUGGAAAUAUCAUGUUAAUGUCUUUUUGAUUCUGGUGGCCAGUGUAUUUGUUCUCAGCAUUUGCACUAAUGUUGUUUCUCUAGUAACAAUUUGGGGGGAAAUAAGAGAUUUGAGAGCAACUAAUAACUUCCCUUUUACUUCACUUGCCUUUUAAGUACGAAAAACAGCUCAAUUAGAAAUACAAAAUUCAGGGAAUCUAGUUUGACCCAGCUUUAAUUUAUUUACGUGCCUUCAAAUGAGUCAUACAUGCUUUUAGAAUAGCAUUUUGCACUCAGAGAUUUAAAUACCAAACAUUUACCAAAAUAUUUUGUACUGUGGUUGUGCUUAUUUAUAUUUUUUUAGUUGCGGAGAUAUUAUUUGAAAGGUUUGUAGAGUUUAAAUGAUUUUCUUUCUGCUUUUUUUUUAUUGUUUCUAAUCUGUUUAGUAAGCCCCUGGAACAUAUUUUUAGAGAGCAGCCAUUUAAAGCUGUGAAUCAUUUCUGGAUUUAACAUAGUCAGCAUUUUACUUAGUUAUUAUGACAAACCUUUUAAACAGAUACUGCAUUUGUACGUGGAGAAAUGCUGUGGACCCCUUAACUGCUGGAUAACUACUCUAAACUACCUAGAAGAGUCCAGCUCAUUCGCAUUGCACUAAAAUGAACUGUUAAACUGUCAACCUGCCUGUGUGUUUGUUUGCGUGCUAUUGUAUUUAUUUAUUUUAUUUUCUAAAUAUAUGUAAAUACUGAUAAUUUAAUUUGGCUCAUAUUCUGUUGGCCCAAGAGAAUUUUCAGGUUCAGUUAUGUCUUGAAUUGCAAUCAUUUGUAUUGUGGAGCAUUUGUAUGAAUUUUAUAUCAUGUGAAAUCUUUUCAAGCUGCAGCUGCAAGUUGCAUGAAAUGUUUUAUUUAGAUUAGGAUAAAGAAGUUAGACUUAUUUAGAUAUAGAAUAGUAGGCUAAAUCAUUCUUAUGGUCUGAAUAAUGGGUCGGGCUCUGAAAUUGCACAUACAGUUGUUUCUCAGUGUAAUAUCUCACAACAGAAUCACUAACUACAUACAAGCACACAUAUAAAGGGGCAAUGUAAAAUCAGCCAGCUGUUAUCACUGAAUAAACCCUGAUAGGGUGAUCAGGACCCCUAUGUGAAGCGGAAGGGGUUUGUUUUGCGAAAACGACUGGCUGACUUUACAUUGUUUACCAUAUUUUGCGUGGCUACUAGCCAAAUAAAUAAAUAGAUGUUAGUUCAUUACUAAUAGUAUUUGAGUCAUCUGAUGUAAUUUUCACUACAACUGAAAACUAAGGGUGUGUUUACGCAACAACAAUGUACUAAACAUUGAAACGUUUUUUCUAUAUACAGAUGACAACGUUUUCAAAACUAUCCCCGUUCACACGGAUCCACGCAAAUGACUAAAAACGCUGUAUUACGCAUGCCAGACAAGUAGUUGGCAAUUUCACUUUGUAAAUAAAGACUACGUGGCUUUGCACAUAAGCAUUCAGAGCGCUCGCAUGCCUAUUCACCUUAUUUUUAUAGUUUACUGCACUUUGAUAUCCUUCUCAUUAUUUCCAGUGGUUAAUAAAUCGGACGUCUCGCACAUAUAAAUAUCUUAAUUUCGCAUUGACAAAUAAGGUGGAUAGACUAAACACGUAAUACGCAUUUGCAUGCCGUCACUGUUUACACGGAGAUAACAACGGUAUAGUUUUCAAAAAAAAUUUGAAACCCUUUUUCAAAAGUUUGGUUUUUUUCCAGGCCAUCAAAACUCUGUUGUCGUGUAAAUGAACGGCCAAAACGCAUAAAACGUUUUCCGUUUUUAGUUGAAAAUGGUGUCAUGUAAACAGCCCCCCAGACACAAGAUGGCGCAAGUUUUGCAUGAAACAAUAAAGUGGCAUUGGUUUAAGUUAAGUUGUGGUCACUUUUACCAUUGUUCACCAAUUUCUGAAAUCCAUUCAUUUCAAUAGGAAUCCAUGUGAUUUUUGAAUUUUGUGUGAGGAUGAAAGAUUUCCCCUCCCAGAUUUUGCAGGAGGUUAAAGUUGGUCAUGUGAAUUUGACACAAACUAUUUUGCCCGAAUUACAGGUAUGUUCAAAUUCAUCUACAGUAUUGUCAAUAGAGUAGAUGUAUGAAGCACCACUAACACAGAAAUCACUUUCAAACCAGACAGCUUUCUGUUGAUUAAUCCGACAAAUUUGCGUGGGGAAUUUUUCGCCUUUACAAAAAAGUCCAGAUUUCAUGGAUUCCAACGCUAUACGUACGACCAAUUCGUACGUAUUUUAUGAAGUGGCUAAUUCGUACAAAUUCAUACGACCUCACUCGUACGAAUUCAUAGGACUUGUCUAAACCCCAGUGACAGAUAGGUUUAAGGGGAGGGUUAGUGGUAGGUCAUUCGUACGAAAAAAAAAAAAAAUGUAUGAUUUAGCAAAAAACUUACUCAUAUGAGUGAGGUCAUACAAAUUCGUAUGGAUUAGCCACUUCGUAAAAAACGUACAAACUGCCAUGAGAUUGGGUUGUGGAUUCCUAUUGAAAUGACUGGAUUUUGUACAUGGAAAUUUGCUGAGUGACAAUAAAUGUUAAAAAACCUUUACUCAGAUGAGCGAACUAAUAUACAUACAGCAUUGCUAUAGCCGAAAGAAAAUAUCCGACCGCUGAUGCCAAUCAGAUUCAAGUAUUCCAGAGAGCCGUUUAAUAAAUACACGUUGUAGCGUAGAUCUGUAAACAGUUUUUCCCAGUAUUUUUCCAUGUUCUGGCAUCACCUUAUACUGGAAUGAGUACUAUUGUAAAUGCAGUGCAUGUAAAAUCAUUCUUGUAUAUGGGAUGUCAAAAGCUUGAGAACACUCAUUUUGGAGAACGACACUUUUGAACAUUAUUCAUGUGAGUGUGUUUGGUGACACGUACUAAAUGACAUUUUAGUGCACUCAGUGUCCUACACUAAAUGACAUUUAUGUUUUGUCUCAAUCAACUACAGAGGUUGAAUCCAGACUUUUUGUACCCAGUGGGGCAUUAAAUAUAAUUGUGUUGUCUUUAGUUUGAUGUCUUGUGGACCCGUAUGGGUCAGAAAGCACCUAAUGAAUGGACAAUGUGAACAUGCUGUCGCUGUUUAAAUGGGUGGAAGGUUUCAUUUAAUUCACGGUAUGUUGGAGAAAAGAAUAUUUAAAAUGGAGGAUAUAAUGUGAUAUUCAAAAUGCACUUAACUGUAAUAAGGGUAGAGAGGAUUUCAAAUGCAUGUUUUUUUUUUUUCCUGCUUAAUUUGUAUGCCACUGAACAUAAACUGAUCCUAAAGCAAUAAAUGCCAGUGCUGGAAUAA